GGUGGGGUUGCUGGGGGCUGGUGGCAUUGAUACGUGCAUAGUUGUUCACUGCUUUUAUAUUAAAUGAAUGAAAAGAAAAGAGAGACAUAGCAACUUGCUCACUUAAUUUGCCAUUAUCUAUUCAUUCUCCUUCUCCCUCCCUAGCUACUCUAUUAAUUUCUCUAUCAAAUAUUAUAUUUAACUUCUUAUUUUCCUCUUAAAUCUAAAAAUCUCAGAUCACAAUUGCAGCUGCAAGAAAUCAUUUGAAUUUAAGGUAGCUAUGGACAGUAAUGCCUCCCCCAAACUUGAGUCAGAGACAUCUUUAGAGCUCAAACCAGAAUCUCAAGUAUCUAAGAAACGGAAAAUGGUUGAGAAAACGGUUGUGACUGUGAGGAUUGGAGAGAAUGUUAGCAAGGUGAAGAAUGAAGGACUUCCUUCAGAUUUUUGGUCUUGGAGGAAAUAUGGACAAAAACCAAUCAAAGGCUCUCCAUACCCAAGGGGAUAUUAUAGGUGCAGCACAUGCAAGGGCUGUUCAGCCAAAAAACAAGUAGAGAGAAGCAGCACAGAUGCUUCAUUGCUCAUCAUCACCUAUACUUCAACACAUAACCAUCCAGAUCCCACUGCCCUCUCCUCCACCACAAAUUUAGCUCAACAACCAAAAGAAUCCAAAACCGAAACAACCAAAGAUCUCCCAGUUACUUCUAAGGAAGAAAACCAAGAACAAAAACAGGUAGAAGAGGAGAUUAACAGUAAUAAGAGCACUGUGAGUAGUAGUGAUCAAGUUACAAAUGAAGAAAAUUUUCAUUACUUACAAUCUACAACACACUGCUCAGAGGACAUCAUUAUAGACCAAGAAGAUCCUUUCAAACUAAAUAUAGAAAAAAGCCAUAUUGACAAAAUAGAUCUUCUCUUAGAGGAAGAGCCACUCUGCUAUGCACAGUUAAAGAAUAUGUCAGCAUCUAAAUCAGAAGAAUUUGAUUUUUUCGAUGAGCUUGAGGAGUUACCUAUGUCUUCAUCUAUUUUACACUUUACGAGGAGCAUUUUUUCUGAUGAAAGGAUUCCUGUUGCCCCUUCUUGAUUGAUUUUUUUUAUGUGUCUGUUGUCUAGAAGAAUGUAACAAAAUGUAUUGUUCAUAUAUCGCAUGCUACAAACAUCCCACAUAUCAAUUUCAGGUAGUUUUUAAAUUUGGCA